GACAAAUACUUGUCCCGGUGUUGGAGAAUGUCCUCUCACAAAGGGGCCAAUCACCAGCCACACAUGUCGCCACAAAUCCAAGCCCCAUGUGUCUUAAUUCUUCGGUCAAGGGGUGUAGAGCAAGGCGUGGAAGGCCAGGGCAGGUUUUACUAUUUGUGGAAAAGACCGUUUGAGGUUUUGGGGAUUGCAACAGGAGCCAGGCCCAGGGACCACAACGCGUAAUCAGGGAGAAUACAUACAUCAUCUCCAUCUCCAUAUCGCCAAAACCCUCGCGACUCGGGCCUGAAACUAUAUGUUUGUGUCUUCUCUGUGAAGUUGUUCCGCUUACUCACCUGUUCCUUCAUUAUCAGCCCCUUUUUUGGUGACCAUUGUUUUUGAUGAUAGGCUUUAUCGCAAUCAUAUAGCUCCGAUCAACCAGGCAGUAGAUCUGUCCCGACGUCCAUUCCAUUCUAAUCCAUUCGUCUCGCCUUCAAUACUCCAACGACCAAUAUCCUCAUACGGUUUCGAAUCGAUAACCAUCGAUAACCAUCGAGUCCAUCAUCAUGCGCUUCCAAGCAUUACCAUUCGCUUUAUCGUUACUCGGUUCGGCGAGCGCUCAAGUCGCAGAGCAACCGACAACCACGAUCCAAGUCCCACAAUGUACAGCAACUUCACAUACCGGCAUGGGCGGCUUCUUCGAUCUACGACCAGACAUGGCCGUCGUGCCCGAUGAGAACACAAAGAAGUACGCCGUGACAAAGGACUACUUCUCAAAGGGCUACGACUACGGAAAGAACUUCACAUUAAACAUCUGCGGUCCGGUCGUGGAGCCAGUCACAAACGUCGUUGGUGUCGAGCCGCCUUUGUGGCAGAACGUGAGCGCUUAUUACAUGGUGGGAGGCGAGGUCUUCUCAAUAGGUUUCGAAUCAAUGGACUUACAGAGCCGUGGUCGCAAGUUGGUUCUUCAAUACACAGGGGGCUCUCCUUGCGGCGCCGACGUCAACAAGACGGAACCUAUCUACGAACGAUCCGCCCAGCGCGACUCGUACCUCGAGGAUGAGAACGACUUGACGGCUUACACACCUGUUCCGGAACCCGAGGAGCCCGCUGAGGAGGAACCGAAGCCAAAGGACAAGCGAAGACGCAAGUCGACGACCAUUUCGUUCCACUGCGAUCGAGACCCAACCACAACCUCUGCCAGCGUCUCCUUUGUCGGCACAGACCCAGACGAAUGCGCCUAUUUCUUUGAGGUCCGAUCCUCGCACGCAUGCGCCCACGCAGAGCCGCAUAAGCCCGGUAGCGUCGGUCCAGGCAGCAUCUUCGGACUCAUCGUCGUGAUUGCGGUGCUCGUGUACUUCCUCGGCGGCAUCUUCUACAACCGGACGGUGACCCAUGCGCGCGGCUGGCGACAACUCCCCAACUACAGCUUAUGGGCGGGAAUCUGGAGCUUCAUCUGCGUGCGUCGUCCCCUCCCCGGCUCCAAGCCCGAGCGAUACUCUCCCUGAGUUAUUUUCCUUUCUCUUUUUGCUCCUCCGUUAUUUUUUUUGGUUUUAUAGAAAAGAAACUGGGGGCUGACAGGUGAGGUUUUCUCUUUUGGUUUUAUAGGAACUUUGUUUUUGCUGCUUCACGGCUUGUCUGAGACGAAUCACCGUUCGACGUGGCUACCAACAAGUACACUCGAGUCCGAGUCGGAGAGAGCAGGAUAGAGAUGCCGAGAAUCGGCUGAUUGACCAACUAGAUGAGGAGUGGGAAGAUUGAGGCUAGAGUAGGAGGAUCAUAGAUGCGUGGUGUUUCUUUUUCACUGGGUGUUGUUGUCUCGGGGCCUGGAUUGGGCUCUCAUGUUUAAAAUCAUGAUCGGAGUUUUAGGGGCACGAUAUUGGUCACGCGUUGUACUGGGCUUGAGAUUGGUCGGUACUUCAAAAACAUGUUAAAGUUGAUCAAAUUCGUCCAUGGCUA